AUGGAGACUUUAGAUAUAAAAGAUAUACUCAACACAAACAAUAGUGAUAAAAAUGCUGCAAAUUUUUCACACAAGUCGUUGCAAAAUUAUGAGUUGUUGAUCGAUCUUCUCAUAUCGAUCACAAAAGAUCCAAUUCCAUUCAUUCUACUCGCAAUUAAACUUAAAAAUUUGAAAUUAGAUAUCAACAAUCCAAUAUAUAUGAAAAAUGAUAAAAGAUGUAUUGCAAUGGCAAAGAAAACUAAUGAAAGAUGUAAGAAAUUUAAAUGCUGUGGUUUUGAUAAAUGUUAUUCCCAUUUGGAUUCGGAUGAAAAGUCAAUGAAAGAUAAAUUAAAGUAUGAAAGACAAAAGAAACCAGCAAAAGCUUCGAAAUGA